CACGAUUUUAUAAAAACCCAGCUGUUGCGCUCUUUCUUCCACUGACCAACACUAGUUUUCCAUUGAUGUUAAACAGCACACGUCGGCGUAGUAAUAAUAUAAACAUUUACAUUCACAAUGAGUGGCGAAAAAGAAUUAAAAGCAUUGAUCAAGGACAUCAGGGAGACCAUCAAGCUGGGAAAGCAUGCCGAGGCUAUACCCAAGUGCCAACGCUUGCUAAAAUCGGAUCCAAAAAAUGCAAUGGGAUACUUGUUGCUCGGGGCCGCCUACCAAAAUCUAGAUAAAGCGGAGGCGGCCAAGAACUUGAGGCAGUGCAUCCAAUUCACUGAGGGACCAGCCACCGCCGCGCUCCUAGGGUUAGCCAAUUGCGCGCCCAGCAACGAACUGCCGGAGAUAUAUGAUCAGCUGGCUGAUUUGCAACCAGAACAAUCUUUGAAAUAUUGGGAAAAGGUUUACAACUUGGCGUCGGACACGAAUGUGGCACCCGAUUGUUUUGCUGUAUUUAAAAGAAGAGCUAAGAAUCCACAGGACCAAAACUAUACAAAAAUUCAAGAAUACCUGGGGCGCAUUUGGUUUGCUAACGAUUUUGAAAUAACGCCAGAAGAUACUCAACUUUACAAAACCACUAUGGAAGCUCUGCUGAAUACCUCGGAUUCGAGUGCUGUGAAUAUCGUCUACAAGCGAUAUCUGAAAUGGCUCUACAAGGAAAAGGACUUUUUGGCUUGUGUGAGACACGCUUGCCACAUGACCGUAUCCCACCCCAAAGAUGUUUACGGCUACGAGUGGAUAUGUAAGACAUACUGCGAAAACCACGAUCAACCCAAUAGUGAUCUUUGGCGGCAAGAGCUGGGGCAUCCCAUUCAGGUGUACGCAGAGCAGCUGUUAAAUCUGAACCCAAACUCCAACUUGGGUCUGUUGAUCAAGGCCAUAGAUCUUUACGCUGAAGGUCAGUUUGUCGCAUCCAGGCAGUUGGUGCUCCAGGCGCAGCAAAGUCAUCCCGCAUAUAAGGUGACGCUAGAGCUGCUGGCCCGAAUCCACAUGGAAUUGGGGGCAUAUCGGCUGGCACUUCAGCUUUGGCAGCAGCUUGGCCAGGAAAACAAAGCUUGUGCUCUAUGUUUGUCCCACGAAAAGGACGAAACCAAACUGAAAGAGGCUGUCAGGAUUCUGCAAACGGUUGAGAAAUCGGGCAGCAAUGUCAGGACCUUGGCUCGCUGCUACUAUAAACUGGGUGAGCUGCAGUUGUUGAAAGAUUUGCCCUUAGAUGAAAUCUCCAGAGCAGAAUUUAUUUUAUGCCCAGUUGAAGCUCUUAAGGAAAUUGGUAAUCAAGAGUCCUUUGAGGCUCAGCUUCUUUGUGGAAAGCUGCACAUGGAGCUUAGAAACUAUUCAGACUCUCUGAACAGCAUGCUGAAGGCCACUCGCCUGAGACCGCACUUUGCCGAGUGCUUCGACUAUUUGGGCAGACUUUACCCGCUGGCCACUGGAGACUUGGCACGAGCCCGCAAGUGCUAUGAAAAGUGCAUCAGCCUCAACGCCCUGGCUGAGGAAGCAGUGGAUGCCCUCAGUUUUAUUUACCAGGAACAGGGGGAGGAGGAACUUAACGAGACGUUGCUUUUGAACACUUUGCGGCACAUGGGCAGUGACGAGUCAAUUCGACUGCAGUACAAGCUGGGACUACAUUUCCUGCAAGGAAAAAAGUGGGACAAUGCGAUCCAAUGCUUUCGCAUUGCCAUCAAGCACGAAGCACGGUGCAUGGUCUACUGGGAGUCUUUGGGCGAUGCUUACGCAGGCCGUGGAUCUUACAAUUCGGCGAUUCGAGUCUUUCAGAAGAUUCUCGAGUUUUCCGCGAAUAACAGCUAUGCUUUGCUACAAAUAGCUUCCAUCAAAACGACAAUUCGUAUGUAUUCCGAGGCUAUUGAAGAUUACAAUACGCUGCUGAAGCUGAAUCCCAGUUACCUGCCAGGACUUCGAGGAGCCGCUGAAGCGCAUAUUGGCCUGGCUAACAAUCUUAAGAGUCAGAAUCUAUACGGCAGGUCUAAGGAGCAUUUUCAAUUAGCUUUGGGACACCUUCAAAGUGCCUUUCUUCAGACACAGGCUCAAGGAAUGGUUUGGUUGUGGCGACUUUCGGCGAACGUGUUCGUUCAAACUGCACAGCUACCGCCCUCAUUAGCCAACUUGGAUGUAGCCGGCAGUCUGGCCAAGCGCGAUGAGUCCAUUGCGUAUUUGUCCCGCAAGGAUCUCCUGCAGCUGGCCCAGCGCUUUUAUUUGUGCGCUUUAAAGUUGAAGCAGAACACUUACCUGUGGUAUGAAUUGUCGUUAGCCAGCUAUUACAGUGCCAUCUUUAUUCCCGAGGAGGCCAAGAGCCAUUUAGAAACAGCAGCUAAAGUUUGCAAAAUGGCCAUAAAGGAACGUGGCAAUCGAUGGCAGAAUUGGAAUCUACUUGGGGUGAUAAACAUGCACCCAGAAUAUGAGAACCUGCCACUGGCUCAGCACUGUUUGAUCCAGGCGGUGGAGCUGGAAAGGAAAUGUUUCACAGCAUGGACCAAUCUUGGGGUUCUAUACCUCAAGUUGAACGAAAAUCGGUUGGCCAACGAGGCCUUCACACGAGCCCAACAAGCGAGUCCCGUUUAUCCGAACGCUUGGAUUGGACAAGCCUUGGUGGCCGAGGCGAUUGGUGACCGAGAGGAGGCUUUUGACCUGUUUCGUCACUGCCAGCAAUUUGAUUAUCAUCCGGAGGCGGCGCUGGGUUUCGCCCACUGGGUGUGCAAGAUGCUAUCGGAUCCGGAGUCGCGAAGCAAACCGCACAUCAGUCACGCAAUUGAUCACAUGUACGCGGAUGUCUUUGCACUGGAUGCCAUUAAUUGGUAUGUACAAAAUGAGGAGGCUGAUGCCAGCAUUGCAUCGCUGUCUUUUCAAGGAUUUCUUUAUGCCCGACAAAAGCUGUACAGUCAAGCAAUUGAAGCCUUUACGCGCGCCUGUAAGCUGUGCGAGCCUGGUGCCGAUCGAGACAAACUGUACACAAAUCUGGGAUACCUUUACCUGAAGCUUGGCCAACCUAAGCUGGCGGUGAACGCGCUGAACACUGUGGCUCAUGCCACAUUUAAGCCAAUUAUCGGUCUAGCCCUGGCAUAUUACCGAUCUGGUCAGCUUCAGGAAUCCUAUUCGAUUUACAAAUCAGUGCUUAGCAAUGUGGUGGGGCAGGAUGACAAGGCGGCUACUAUCUUGGUAGCGAUGGCCUCUAUGCUGUACGCCCUCCAAGGGGAGGCGGACACCAAAACCUUACUCUAUCAGUGUGUCCUGUUGAAAGAUGUGCCCAUCCAGGCCUUGUACUCGGCAUUCGCCUUGGGCAUUAUUCAUAAGGAUAACGAGUUGAGCCGGACAAUAAUGAUAGAGCUGAAUGCGUACGUUUACAAGGAGGAAUACUGCUCUGAUGUCUCCUAUCUUACGGCGCACUAUAUCCUCAUAAAUGAGGGUGUACGCAAGGCGUUGUGUUAUCUACAGUCUCGUGUCAGGAUGUUUCCCCAUUCAGCAGCUCUUCGCAAAGUACUUCUCAAGUUUCUUCUUGACAAUUUCCUCGAAGAUCGAUCCUACCAGUUAGUGACCUCUAAUAUGGCUUUAAUAGGCCUUAAACUUGGUCAUACCAACCAGCAAAACGGCAUUUUGGCCAGUGAGGAGGCGCAAACAACAAUCUACGCCAGUCAGGCUGUGAGUCAAGUGGACAAGAAUUACUCACUUAAGUUGGUGCAGCGCGCCAUUCGACUAAACCCGACAGACCAGCGCGCCAGGCAACUUCUUUCCGCCAUUACUGCUCAUUAAUUAUAAUACAAAAUAAAAGUUUAUAAAGCCCGCCA